AUGCUCCUCGUCGCGCAGCAUGUGCGUUUCAUCAAGCAUCUCGAGCAGAAACGCGAUAGCAGCCUCGCAUACCAUGUGACAGCACACCUGCGUAUGAACGGUGUCUACUGGGGCCUGUGUGCACUCUCUCUCAUGCAUGCAUGCGAUGCAUUGGACCGCGCCGCUGUCGUGGAAUUUGUGCUCGCGUGCUUCGAUCCUGCGUCGGGUGGCUUUGGCGCGUACCCUGGCCACGACGCGCAUAUCCUAAGCACGCUCAGCGCCAUCCAGAUCCUUGCGCUGGAAAAUGCGCUCUCGGUGCUGGACGAGCGUGGGAUGCGCACGCGCAUUGUUGCGUUUGUGCUCCGCAUGCAGCGGCCCGACGGCGCAUUCCAGGGCGACGUGUGGGGCGAGACAGAUACCCGGUUUCUCUACUGCGGCGUAAGUGCAUUGGCGCACUUGGGUGCGCUGCACCAGCUCGACACCCCGAAAACCACCGCGUGGGUCAUGCAGUGUGCGAAUUUCGACGGCGGAUUCGGCACGACGCAAGGCGCAGAGAGCCACGCCGCACAAGUGUUUACCUGUCUCGGCGCUUUAUCGAUUCUCGGUGCACUGGAUUUGGUGGAACGUGAUAUGCUGGGCUGGUGGCUCGCCGAGCGGCAGACGCCGAGCGGCGGGCUCAACGGCCGGCCGCAAAAAGUAGAAGAUGUGUGCUACUCGUACUGGGUCCUGGCCUCCCUCAGCAUGAUUGGGCGGCUGCACUGGAUCGAUCCACAAAAACUCUCCGCAUUUAUCCUCGCCGCGCAGGAUCCAGAGGGCGGCGGGAUCGCGGAUCGGCCGGAUAACGUCGCGGAUGUGUUCCAUACGCUGUUUGGCGUCGCAGGGCUUGGAUUGCUCGGAUACAAGGGGCUCGCACCUGUGGAUCCUACGUAUUGCAUGCCGCUUGCUGUAACGGAGAAGCUGGGGAUGGCGCGGCCAUUUCAGCGUGUAACGGUUGAUUGGGAGUAG